UGUAACAUUUCUGGUAUACAAUCUCAGUUUUCACAUACACCCAACUGUUGCCUUCUGACACCAAAAAAAUAAAAGGUUUCUUUAAAAACCAGUCUUAUAGAUUCUCUUUCCAGAAUCAUAAUGAAUUCCCUUCACUACACUUGUUCCAAGAAGAGCAAUGACCAGUUGAGGCUCAGAGAUGUAUCCUUCUCUUCUUAUCUCAAACAGGCGGGGGAAGACGAAUCAGAGAUCAAUGUGUUUGACGCCAAGAAAUACUUCAGUGAAAGCACUGACUGGAAAGAAUUAGGCAAUAGGUCGUUAUUCCCUGCGAUUCGUAACCAGAAUGGGAGCUGUGAUCUGUCGGAAAUCAAUCGGUUUUCCUCUGUUUCGUCGGUGGACGCCGCCGGCUUUGGUCGGAAUGUAAAGGCUAGUUCUUUCCAUGCUACUCCUACGGCUUCAUCUGAGGCUAGCUGGAAUAGUCAAACGGGGCUGCUGUCCAAUCCUCCCGGCGCAAUUGCGGUUUCUUUAAAGAAUAAUAAUGUUUCCGAAGGCGAUCUGGAGAAGAGAAGAGGCUCUGCGGCGGCGAAAUGGUUUUUUUGCAGGUCAAAGUGUCCCUGCUCCGGCAAGAAAUCCGUCCAAGUCGAUGAAGCUAUAAGGAACGGCCACAAUGAUCAACAGAAGAUUGUAUUGGAGGAGAGAAAUCAAAAUUUGGGUUUGAAAGUUGAGGUUAGUCCUCCUGAAACAGGGCAUGGGGUAUUAUUGUCUCCAGGAUUGCGUCGGGGCGAGAGUCAGAGUCCUUUAGCCUCCACCGGGGGAUUUUCUUUUCCAAUUUUAAAUCCUUCUUCUCAGGCAGCGGCGGCCGUCGCUAAGAUGACGAUCAGAACAAGUGAUAUUGAAGAUCAAAUUCAGCCUCCAAAGAAUUCAUUGGAAAUUUUCCAGCCACCGACUUCAAGAAAAUCACUGGAUGCAGAAAUUCAGUUAUCACCCAAGCCCCGUGGCGGCGGCGUAGUGGACAACAGAGAUCGGCGGGCAGGGAAUUUCGGGUUUCCGGGAAGCCCAAUUUCUCGGGACGACGACGUGGGGAGCGACGCGAGCUCCGAUUUGUUCGAGAUCGAGAGCUUCUCAACUCAGACAACCAGCUACCGGCGGCGGGACUCGCUGGACGACGAGGGGACAUUCGUUUCUGCCCGUCGGUUGGCGCCCAGCAAUCCCUACGGCGGGAGAAGAAGCCUGGACGAGCCGGCCACACCAAGCGUGGCGGCGACGGAGAACUACGCGCCGAGCGAAGUAAGCAUCGACUGGAGCGUGACCACAGCGGAAGGGGUGACCAACUUCUCCAUGGAAGACCACGGCGGCGGCGGUAGCAGACACUGGUCGUGGGAGUACGGGAGAGAGGGAAAGGGCAGCAAGGGGAAUGGGUUGCUGAGUUGUCGGCACGAGAAGGCGGUGAGCGUGGGGCCGCAGCCGCAGCCAGUAAAAGUGGCGGUGGCUGCGGCGCCAGAUUUAAUAGGACCACAAACGGAACCACCGCCGGGGGCAUUAAUUUUGACAGCUUCACAUGUGAGUGGUACCGGUAGGCCACCCAAGCCGAAUAAGCCGCCGCUGGCAACCUCUCAUUCCGCCCGCUUGUCUUUAGCUUUUGCAGCAUGACGAACAAAUUAAUAUUUACUACUGCUCCCUCCCAUCCUUAAUUUCCAUAUAUC